AUGUCUUCCAGCGGGGCCUUCAACAACCCCAUCAUUCCCGGCUUCAACCCUGAUCCUUCAAUCUGCCGGGUAAACGAUGAUUAUUUCUUGGUGACUUCAACGUUUGAGUACUAUCCUGGUAUUCCAGUUUAUCACAGUAAAGAUCUCGUACAAUGGGUGCACAUUGGCCAUGUCAUUACGAGACAUUCGCAGGUCCAUAUGCGAACAACUGAGCCCUCUGGGGGGCUUUGGGCGCCUACGAUUCGUCACCAUGAAGGGCGCUUUUAUGUCUCCGUAGGAUGCACCCAUAGGUUCCGUCCGAAGGAAUGGGAUAUCGUUAUCCCUUGUGGAUUCUACUUAUCCACUACAGAUAUCUGGGACUCGACCUCCUGGUCCGAUCCAACUUAUUUCGACAUUCCAGGAAUUGACCAAGAUCUUUUCUUCGAUGACGAUGGCAAGGUGUACUUUUCCGCCGUCAAUAUGAUCACAGACCCGAAAGUUAAAAAGCAUGGCCUUGGGUUGGCAACGUUCACGGCGGAAAUAGACCUUGCCACUGGUCGGUGCCUGGGACCCGCCAAAUGGAAUCGGUUGUCAAAUUUCGGCCUUGGAAUCGCUGAGGGGCCUCACAUCUUCAAGAAGGACGGCUACUACUAUCUCAGUACAGCUGAGGGUGGCACUGAUGAAGGUCACCAGCAGUGGAUCUUCCGCAGUACCACUGGACCGUUUGGGCCGUGGGAGGAAGGCCCACAGGGGACAGUUAACCCAGUAAUCUUCAAUGGCGAUGAUCCUUCCGUCCGAAACACCGGACAUCUAGACUUCAUCGAAACUCCAAGCGGGAAUUGGUUCGCUGUGUUUCUGGGAGUCCGGCCUCAAGGCGAAAAAUCCGAACUGCGCUCACAACUUGGUCGCGAAACGUUCAUGAGCCGGGUUGAAUGGAUUGAUGGCUGGCCAAUUGUCAAUGGCCGCCGGCCCAUCAGCCUCCAGAUGCAGGCAGAGGGCGUGCAGCUGAUCGCUCAGCCGCAGGUAUGGAGGGAUGAUUUCCAGAGUCCAACACUCCAGCUGGGUUGGUAUCAUCUGAGAACGCCCUUGAAGAUGAAUUACUCUUUAUUCGAGCGGCCAGGAUCAUUGACUCUGUAUGGAAACGCAUAUCGUAUUGACGAUUCCGAAUGUCCGGCUAUGCUGCUACAGAAGCAGACUGGGUUUUCCGGUGACUGGAGAGUGAAAUUGGAUUUCGCACCUACCGAGGCCGGGCACGAAGCGGGAACAGCUAUUUGGUGGUCGCAAUUUGCAUAUGCUUCAAUCGGACUCCGAAAGCCAUUCGAUGAGGGCAGGUCAGGGCUAGAGAUAGUAUCGCGUUGCUACGAUGAGAUGGAAAAUGGGUUCAAGGAAUCUACGCAUCAAUUGCCUCUGAAGCGUGGCAAUAUUGAACUUCUCAUCCGCGCCCACCCUACAAAAUACGAGCUCUUCUUCUCGCUAGAAAAUGAGAAUCAGCCUUCCAAUAUCAUCAAAUUGGGACAGAUCUCCAGCAAGGCAUUGACGCACCGCCGAUCCGGAACAGAAUCACCAAAUACCGGGGCUCAUUUCGCAAUUUAUGCACAGGGCGCCUACAGCAAACCAUGCUUUGAUCUUGCGCACUUUGAGUUUGCAGAAUGGAGAGUCAUCUCUGAAACCAAUUAA